GUUUCCUUCUGUGACCAAUUGAGUUUUCCUUCGGAUUUGACCACUGAAGAACCCUCCAUGUUGUCAUGCGGGCACUCAUUCUGUGCUGGAUGCAUCCAACAUUGGUUGAGUGAGAAUAUUUCCUGCCCCACUUGCCGCACUGACACCCAAGUGCCAAUUCGAAAUAUCUUGAAGGCGCACUGCAAUACACAUGGAAUUGAUCUCCGCGACGAGGCUCACCAGGCCUUCCACCCCUCCAACGUCGGCGAAUUGGCAGAAGAGUUGCCCGUGGGGAUAGCAGCACUGGCUCGGUACAUCAGUAGGCUACCGCGAGUCAUUGUAAAGGCCAGAUAUGCAUUCAUUUACCUCCAACGAUGGUGA